CCUCCACGCCAUGCCGGCUGGCGGGUCCCGGCCGCCCGAGCCGCCGCGGAGCUGAGCGGUGACGUUGUCCUUUCGGCAACGUCCCCAGUGCCUGAACUAGAAAUAACUUUAAGACCAUCGUUUUCAAGUUCUGCCGAAGUGGAGUUCAUCUUUCAGGGAUGCUGUGCGAAAGCCUUUCAGUGGCGGAACUGCCAGAUAUAUGCUGAAUCUUUCAUGCAUAACGGACUACCUCUUUAUGACCUGGUCAUUAUCUUUGACAAACUGUUGAAACCAUAAGAAAAUGGAUUUAGAUUCACUUUGAUACCUGCCUAGUGCCUUGGUGAACUCAAAAGGAAUUGCAAAUAGCAACAUUGAAAAUCAAGAAGGUUUAAAAAUACCUGGAGGGAGAUUAAGUGGCUCAACAACUAACGCUCUAAUGGAUGACAGAGACUUUCCACCAAAUGAUCUGCAAAUAGACUCAAAGGGCAGUCUUCCUGCUAACUAUAGGGUAGGAGGUUUGGCAUCUCAUUUGAUUCCUUCAGCUGAUGAAAAUGAAAAUCAACUUGACAGUGAUGGAAAUGAAGUUCUGACCAGUAGUAACAUUGCUAUGGGGCAGGAUAAAGGUGAACAGGAUAACAUCAAUAAUAAUGAGAACACAGACAGUGGAGACUGGAUCCAAAGCUGUAAGGAAAGUGAGACUGAGAGGAGAUCUGUAAAUGUCCAUAUGGAGGAAAAGCCUAUUACUGAAAAACAGCCCAGUGGAAAAAGAAGUCCAAGAAGCAAAAGAAGCUCCAGUAAAAAAUCUAAAGGUGUUUCUAAAAUGGGAACCACAUCCAUCCAGGAGGAAAAUACUCUUGUUACAGAUACAGAUUUUGUGGAGGCUGAAGGUGCUGUUGAAACAAAGGAAAACUUUCAUCCAAAAGACCAAAAGCAAACGUUGCAGUCUCUUUUCUCGUUGCUCCGUGAAGAGGUUGAGCAGAUGGAUUCAAAGAUAUUGCCACUGUGUCUCCAUCAGAUAGCUGAGACCUAUUUUCAAGAGGAGGAAUAUGAGAAGGCCAUGAAGUUCAUUCAGCUUGAACGACUUUAUCAUGAGCAGCUGCUUGCAAAUCUUUCUUCCAUACAGGAACAGUGGGAAAGAAAAUGGAAAACAGCAAUUGCAAGUCCAGUUACAACACUGAGGAAUUCAGAUAAAGAACUGAGCGGCCAAGAACUGGAAAAGCUUACUAGAGUUUGCUCUUCCCAUCAACAGCCACAGACAUCCAAAAAUAAGCUAGUAGCUGCAGAAAAUACAUGGGAAAGCAGUUAUUUGCCUCAGUUAAUGGAAUCCAGAACAUUAAAGGAAAGAGAAGCUACUGCCUUUCAAUCAGGUACUGAAACUUGUCCUGGCACUGGACCAAAGAAAGAAGAUAAACAGCUGAGCACUGUUCACCCAGGUGAAAACAAAACUGAGAGACAGACAGAGGCAGCAAGUCUUUGGGUAGCUGCAGGAAAGGACCACAUGGAGGAGCAGCACUGCAAUGCUGAAUCAACAUUGGAGCCACACACCCAGUCCACAGGGACAGUGGGCAGGCCUUCCUCAGGCUCUUUAUCAUCUGGGGAUGUCAGUAAAGAUAACAGUCUGCAGCUGAGGGAAAGACAGCUCUCCAAGGAUGCAGUAAAAAUAGAAGGGGCUGGGGAGCUUGGAGUGAAACUCCCUCUUGAGCCAAUGGUAGAUGCUUUGGCUUUAAUAGAUGCUGAUUAUAUGCCUACUGAUUUGGUUCCUCCUGAUAAAGAUGUGGCAGCUGAUAGAAAUCUGCUCAGAUCAAAACAUGCUGCUGGGUCUUUGGAAACUGCUGGUGGCCAGCUUGGAAAUAGUGAUUUAAAGCAGCAACAGAUACAGCCUGAUGAUGAUGAUGAACCUUCAUGGGACAGAACAGCAUCAGAUGAAUGCGCUGGGUGUAAUAAAGUGUCUGAGCACGACAGUACUGCCCAUGCUCAGGUGUGCAAGGAAAUACAGAGAGCAGCAGGAUGGGAGGAGAAGGUCAAUAAUGAACAAGAAGAUUUAUUUCUGAGGUUUUUGAAUGGUAACAUAAUAGACACUGAAGAAUCUGCAAACUUUGCAAAGCAAGAGGACUUUGACACUGUUCCAGAUAUUUCACCCGAACGAGCAUCUUAUAACUCCCUGGAAGCUUUAUCACUAGAUGACAGCUUUUCUUCUCUUGAUGAACUUACAAGAAGGAUAGAGAUUACUGAGAUUACCCCAGUGGAAGGAUUGGUGUCUAUACUAAAGAAGAGAGAUGACAGGGAUGGAAAAACAAUUGCUCAAGUCCAGCAAAGGCAAACAAAGAGAAGAGUGAGAUUCCAAGAAAUGGAAGACACAUUGGAUCAAGAUGAAGUGUCUGGUGGCUCCUGUAUUUUGCUGAUCCUGCUCUGCAUAGCAACUGUUUUCCUUAGCAUUGGAGGAACUGCACUGUACUGCACCUUUGGUGACAUGGAAUCCCCUGUGUGUACUGAAUUUGCAGACAACAUGGAUUUCUAUUAUACACAGAUACUGCAGCGUGUGGAAGAACUGAAACACUGGAUAGCCCUCUCAUAGCUGAAAGGAGUGGACACAGCACGCUGAGAGCUCACCAGUGGCUACUGGAGAGAGUAGAACAAAACUGUGAUUUCAAGUUCUCUAACACUUGCCACCUGCAGGUGAUGUGUAUUUGAUGAUACACUUUCACAUUUACUUAGAAAUCAAGAAAAUUUUAGUUUAGAAUUCAGGUGGCAAAAUGUUCACAUCUGUUCACAACUGUAGCAGUGUGGCAUGGGAGCAUAAAAAAGUUAUUAUCUUCAUCCUUUUGAGAGUAGGCAAGUAGCUUUUCAUCCACUUCAGCAAGUGAAGAAGAAGGAAGAAAAUUAACUGUCUUCUGUAUUCUCUCCCAUUGCCACACAUUGUGUAAGCAAUCUCUGGAAGCUUAGUAAAAGGACAGCUUUAAUUUACAGCUGUUUGUGCAAAGGUGUUGCCUCCAGCUAUCAUGCAAUAAGUCUCUGUUUUAUGGAAACAUUAUUUUUUUUUCUAAGUCUUAAUGUUUUUAUCCAUUUUAUUUCUCCUGGUGAGCCAUGUAAUUAUUUGGGUGGAGUGAGAAGAGUGCGGUGGCAUUCAGAGCCCUCAUUUGGUGAUUACCAGGGUGACCCUGUAUCUUAUAGCUUGCAGUGAAUAUCAUGAAUGGGAUAAAUCUGCUGGCAGAUUUCACUAAAUUUCUUGGACCUUUACUCUCAGUAUCAUGUGGGUUGUUUUAGAAAUGGAAGGUUAAAAAAGAAAUCACUGGUCUCACUAAACACAGAAACAAAAGAUGUUUAGUAAAUUAUUCAUAUUAAAUAAUCAAGUAGCUUUGGCCCAUUUUAAAGCACCUGGUAGCAGGUGUGGGGCCAACUGGGUUUUCCUCCAGCUAUGUCACUAACUUGGAGUAAUCACUUUGUGCCUCAGUUUCUCCUCCAUAAAUGGGGAAUAAUGAUCCUUGCCUUUGUCUAUGAAUAUUUAUUGGAAUUAGGGCUCAUGUCUGAUUCAUCCCAAAUGAGUGCACAGGAUCACGGAACCAUGUGGCUGCAGCCUCUGUCAAUGAGUGAAAGUUAUGUAAAGUGGGACUGAUCCAGCAGAAGAGAUUCAGAGGUUCACUGCAGAUCCACAGAUCUGUUAGUAUUCCAGGGCACUUGUUCCAGCUGAUAAAGCACAUUUGCAUGUAUUUGCCCUGCAGUUCUGGGACCUGUAUUGCACAAUCUGUUCUUUCUCUAUCAGCUUUACAGACAAAUUUAGAUCAGUACAGAGAGUCAUUUUAAAUGGGUAUUUCUAUCACUUGGUGCUCAGCCCUCCCUGUGUGGUGGUGAGAGAAACGCUGACAGGACAGUGAAGGUGAGAAUUAGAUGAAUUAGAUACACAGGCCUUUGGGCCAUGCUCUGGUCAAGAUGUGGCAGCUUUUCUUGCACAGAGCACAGUGGUCCAGCCCUGCUGAUGGUGUGAGUGUGAAACGAUUCCUUUACACCUCAGGAAACAGCAUUUUUGAGGGGUCCACUUCACUCCACUCUGUGAUUUCCUGCUUACUAACCUUGUAUGAUGCAGUGUGUUCAGGUUUAGGAUAUUAUUUUGUAAAAUGCUAUGAAGUGAAAUCUUUGAGAUACUGCUCAGAAUUAUAACAUUAAAGAUCAUGCUUUCUGACAUUUGCAAGCAAAUUGUCCCUCUAGUGAGCUUGAUUGUUCCUAAUGCACUGUUACACUUAACGGGUUUUUAAAGUGAAAGUUGAAAUCAUGUUUUUUCUAGAAUAAACUGCAUGUAUGAUUUCUCUUUUGGUUUUCACUGUGGAGGCUUAGUUUAUUUAUACCCUAGGGAGCCUCAUGUGCAGCUUUAUACUAAACUAGCAAAUUUCAAAUGCCCAAAUUAAUGAAAACUUUUGCUUUUAGAAUGAAACUUGAAAAUGGUAGUUUGGGGCUUGUUUGUUUGUUUGUUGUCCUUAAGAGUAUCAUAAUGCUGGGCUACUCUAAAGGAGAAAGGGAAUGACACUUUUGUAUUUUAAAGUGUUACUGGCUGGUUCAGUUUAUUAUUUGAAUUCUGGGUUUGUUUCUUUAUUUAUUUAGUUUUUCUUUUAAAGAGAAGCUUAAUUUUCUUUUUUGGCAAUUUACUCACAGAGUAAUUAAAAAGCAUGCUUUCAGUUAAA